CCGUCGCCUUCGGCCUCGGGUCCUCGAGCCCGCCGCUCGGAAGGUCGGCACGCCUCGGCCGAGCGCCGGCGCAGGCGCAGUCGGGCUGGAGCAUGUGGCGGUUGCGCUGGCAGACGUUAGGCCUCGCGGCUGUGAGUGUCGGCUUGGCUUUGGAGACUCUGGGCUUCCUAGUCGGUUGGCUGAGGCAGCAACGGCGCCGGCGACGUCGCCCCCCGCGGCGGGAGGUGCUGUUCUUCCCCUCUCAGGUGACCUGCACCGAGGCCCUGCUGCAGGCCCAGCGGCAGGGAGGCCCUCCGGGGACGGCGCCGGCGCCCGCGGCCGCGGGCCCCGAUGUCCGGAGGGCGCCGGGCGCGGCUGCGGGGGCGGCGGGCUCGGCCGCGGUCACGACCUCCCCGGCCGCCCCGGCCCCCCCGGCCGCCAGCUGCCUGUGCCCGCUCCCUCACGGGGAGAGCUCCCUGAGCCGCCUCCUGCAGUACGUGCUGUCGGCCCGCAGCAGCCUCGAGCUCUGCCUGUUCGCCUUCUCCAACCCGCAGCUGGGCCGCGCCGUGCACCUGCUGCACCAGCAGGGCGUGCGCAUCCGCGUGGUCACCGACUGCGACUACAUGGCCCUCAACGGCUCCCAGAUCGGCCGCCUCCGCAAGGCAGGUAUCCAGGUACGCCACGAUCAAGGUGCUGGCUACAUGCAUCAUAAAUUUGCUAUAGUGGAUAAGAAGAUGCUUAUUACUGGCUCUCUCAACUGGACCACACAAGCCAUUCAGAACAAUAGAGAGAAUGUUUUGAUUGUGGAGGAUGAAGAGUAUGUGAGACUUUUCUUGGAAGAAUUUGAACGUAUUUGGGAGGAGUUCAAUCCUGUAAACUAUACUUUUUUUCCUCAGAGAAAGUGAAGAAAAGUAAAACAAGAGUCCUUCUCUAAUGUUUUCCUUAGGAUUAUAGGUAAAACAACUUACAGUGGGGUCCUUUGGACAAUUUGAAGAACUGAAUCCCAUGCUGUAGUAAAUUGUAUAGUGGCAAGGUUUCAUCUAACAUGUUCAUUGCUAUUCUGCAGUAAGAAAAACUUUAAUAGUAUUAUUUUUUGGAAACAAAGGAAAUACCCAUUGAUUUUAAAACAUUUUUAAUUCUUACUUUGCUUACAAAAAUCUAUUGAACUAUAUUUCUGUGUUCAACUGACAUUCUCCAUCUCCCUUAUGGAUAUGCUUCUUUCCAUAUGACUAAGACUGCUAAGAGUGUACAUCCAUGAUUGAAUCAGCAAACUCUUGAAGGUAUUGACAAGUUUGAGUCAAAAUGAUAAAAAGGAACAAGAAGAAAAGAAAAAAAAAGGGUACAAAUGGUGGUUGAGUUUUCCCUGGACUACAGUACUACUUACCCUUUGCUAGCACAGCAAUCAUUCCAUGGUAGGGGAGAGAGAAUUAAGUGCAACCUUGCAAGAUAUAUUAUUAAAAUAUUUGUGUAUAAGCAAACAUUUCAGUCUUUCUUUACCAUGUUUACUAGAACAUGAUUUAGCUAAUCGUAAAAAAAAAAAAAAAUAGGAACCUGAAAUAGGCUAUUUAAGAAAUAGGAAGCUAAUUUUUAAAUAUUAUUUCAUUUUUCCAAAUACAUGCAAAGACAGCUUUCAACAUUUGCCUUUGCAAG